ACUGCGUCCCUGCCCGUUAGCGCAGGCCUGUCGGCGUCAUUCGGUGGUCUUAAUUCCCUCAGUCGCACUGGAAGACAAGCUGAGCUUGAGUUUAUUCACGAGCUAAACGUUGCAAAUCCCUCUCAGAAACGAGAGGGCGGCCGGGUCCUAGUGCCCGAUAAAUGCUCGGCACCCAGGACUGAGGCGGGCCGCGCCUGCAGCCCGAAUUAAGAGCGGCCUAGCCGGCGAAGCGGUCCUUGGCUGCUGAUGGCCAGACGCAUCCUGGGAAAGACUUUAGCUACUGUGUCUGUCUCUGUGGCCUUGGCCUCUGUGGGUGUCUGGUUCUUGGGCAGCCGCAGCAUCCCGGCAUACAGGAACUCAUUUUUAUCUAGUUGGUUUCAUGUUAAUUCCAUCACUAUGUCAGAUUCUAAUGAUGCCAAAGAGAAUUCUCACAACAAAGCUCGGACGUCUCCUUACCCAGGAUCAAAAGUUGAACGAACCAAAGUUCCUAAUGAGAAAGUAGGGUGGCUUGUUGAAUGGCGUGAAUAUGACCCUGUGGAGUACACGGCAGUCUCUGUCUUGGCUGGGCCAAGAUGGGCAGAUCCACAGAUCAGAGGAGUGCGGCGUCAGGAGUGGAGGAGGCUCAUUAACAACCUGUGAUGUGCAGGUGACACCACUUUGACUACUGCAAGUGAGGAGGACUGGAAACACGUGCUGAUGAAGAUCAGGGUCGGCAGCAUUUAGUGUGGGUUGCAAAUCAGUGUAAAGAAAACACAAACCCUCACAACCAAGCCCCUUAGCAACAUCAUGAUAAAUGGAGAAGAUUGAAGUUGUCAAGGAUUUCAUUUUACUUGGAUCUACAAUCGUGCUCAUGAAAGCAGCCGUCAGGAAACCAAACGAUGUAUUGGACUGGGCCACUCUGCUGCAUAAGAUCUCUUGAAAGUAAGUGUAUGAGCAAAGAUGGCCCUUUGAGGACAGGUGGGCCCUGACCCAAGCCGUGUAUAUUCAAUGGACUCAUGCAUGUGAAAGCUUGACAGUGAAUAAAAAAGACAAGACGAUUCAAUUGCAUUUGAAUUAUUGGGCUGGUGACGAAAAUUGAAAGUACCAUAGACUGC